AUGCUUUGCACAAAGGCCUCUCCAACUUUGGUCAAGGAAGAGGUUGAUGAGGAAGGCAUUCCACAAGAUGGCGCUGGCAUGCCAGGCAAAGCUGGCGCCUCCGGGAGCUGCCAGGGGACCCGCGUCGUUGCUUGUUGCUCGAAGUUUGUGUGCAAGUCCUGUCAAGCCACGUUUGAGGAGAGGGAGCAGUUCCUGUCGCACAUGCAGAAGCAGCAUGCGGCUGUAGAAUGCUUCCUGUGCGGGAGGAGGUUCGGUCGACAACAAGACCUCGUGCGCCACACCAGGAUGAAGCACGACGCCGCUGACUGUUACUUCUGCCCCCUCUGCCCUGCCACAUUCUCGCUCAAGCGCGCCCUGCUAAAGCACACCCGGAGACACGAGGACGAUGCGUACAAGCAGUGA